AGACAACCAGGAAUUCAAUCCGAACCACAAGAUUUCUGCAUCAAAAAGCACUGGCCCUGAAAGCUUCAAACUGGACCCGCAAGAGCUCCAGCAUCCAACGGUGAAAGCAUAUUAUCUUGGACCCGGAAGAUCCUGGGGCUCCUCAGGCCCCCACCGAGGGAACACCCCUUGCGCAAGCUAUUCCGCAGCGGGGCUGUAAUGGCGGCUCCUCCUUAUCGCCCAGACUGCAGCCGACUGGUCUGGAUCUGCAUUCUUUUGGGGGCCCUGUGGGGAAUAGGGGCCGAACAGAUCCGCUACUCUGUGCCUGAGGAGCUGGAGAAAGGCUCUUUCGUGGGCAACAUCGCCAAGGACCUGGGGUUGGACGCCCGGGAGCUGGCGGAGCGCGGGGUCCGCAUCGUCUCCAGAGGUAGGACGCAGCUAUUCGCUCUAAACUCGCAAAGCGGCAGUUUGGUCACUGCGGGCAGGAUAGACCGGGAAGAGCUCUGUGACAGAUCUCCAAAGUGUGUAGUAAACCUAGAGAUUCUCCUAGAGGACAAAGUGAAGAUUUUUGGAGUAGAAGUGGAAAUACUCGAUGUUAAUGAUAACGCGCCCAACUUUGGGACAGAGCAAAGGGAAAUAAAAGUCGCUGAAAAUGAAAAUCCUGGGACAAGAUUUCCUCUUCCAGAAGCUUUUGAUCCGGAUGUAGGGGUAAACUCCCUGCAGGGUUACCAGCUCAGCUCGAAUAUUCACUUCUCUCUGGACGUGCAAAGCGGAGCCGAUGGAAUUAAGUACCCCGAGCUGGUGCUGGAGCGCGCCCUGGACCGCGAGGAAGAGGCGCUUCACCACCUCGUUCUCACCGCCUUCGAUGGAGGCGACCGGGUUCACUCUGGCACUGCUAGGGUUCACAUCACACUUGUGGAUACCAACGACAAUGCCCCCGUAUUCACUCAGCCCGAGUACCACGUGAGUGUUCGGGAGAACCUGCCAGUUGGUUCCCCGGUACUCACCGUAAAAGCCACUGAUCCAGAUGAAGGAGCCAAUGGAGAAGUGACAUAUUCUUUCCGGAAAGUAAGAGAUAAAGUAUCCCAGCUAUUCCAGUUGAAUUCUCUGACUGGGGACAUAACAAUAUUGGGGAAUCUAGAUUAUGAGUACUCUGGAUUCUAUGAUAUAGAUGUAGAAGCCCACGAUGGGCCUGGUCUCCGAGCCAGAAGUAAGGUUCUGGUGACAGUUCUGGAUGUAAAUGACAAUGCUCCAGAAGUGACAGUUACGUUUCUCACCAGCUCUAUCCAAGAAACUUCUUCCCCAGGCACAGUAAUUGCACUUUUCAAUGUGCAUGACAAUGAUUCAGGAGAGAAUGGCAUUGUCACAUGUUCUAUUCCAGGUAAUCUGCCACUCAAGCUUGUAAAGACCUAUGGAAAUUAUCAUCAGUUGUUGACACACAGAACUCUAGAUAGGGAAGAAGUCUCAGAAUAUAACAUCACAGUAACUGCCACUGACCACGGAACUCCACCACUGUCUACAGAAACUCACAUCUCACUGCAGGUGGCAGACAUCAAUGACAACCCACCUGCCUUCUCUCAUGCUUCCUAUUCUGCCUACAUUCCUGAAAACAACCCCAGAGGUGCCUCCAUUUUAUCCAUGACUGCCCAGGACCCUGACAGCGUUGAGAACGCCAGAGUCACUUACUCCCUAGCUGAGGACACGCUCCAGGGUGUGCCUCUCUCCACCUACGUCUCCAUCAACUCUGACACUGGCGUCCUGUAUGCGCUGUGCUCCUUCGACUAUGAGCAGGUUAGAGAUCUGCAGCUACUGGUGACAGCCAGUGACAGUGGGGAUCCUCCACUCAGCAGCAACGUGUCUCUGAGCCUGUUCAUUUUGGACCAGAAUGACAACGCACCCGAAAUCCUGUACCCCACCCUCCCCAAUGAUGGUUCCACCGGUGUGGAGCUGGCGCCCCGCUCUGCAGAGCCUGGCUACCUGGUGACCAAGGUGGUGGCAGUGGACAGAGACUCAGGUCAGAACUCCUGGCUGUCCUACCACCUGCUCAAGGCCAGCGAGCCAGGGCUCUUCACAGUGGGGCUGCACACAGGCGAGGUGCGCACUGCGCGGGCCCUG